AUGGAUUUACAAUCUUACAUAACUUGGAAUAUAAGAGGGGCAAACUGUCCUUCCUCUAGACUAUUAGCUAGGGAUAUAGUACAAAAAAAUCGCCCGACGGUGCUUUGUCUUCAAGAAACGAAAUGUGCCAUCUGGACGCAGCGCGGUAUUUCAUCCUUGGGAUAUCACCCACAAGAUAAUUGGGUGGCAGCACCGUCAUGUGGUCAAUCCGGAGGACUAUUAACGGUAUGGGAUGCUAAUGUGUUUACAGUCUCAUCUUACAAAUCCAUGCCAAACUGGAUACUGAUAAAGGGAGUGUGCAAGUUAGAUAACAGGGAUUUCGCCAUUUGGAAUGUAUAUGCGCCUCAGGCUUUUGAAAGCAAAAGAGCGAUGGUUGAAGUACGAAUUAGUAACUCCUCCUACACUUGGUUUGGACCGUCAAAUAAAUGCAGCAAACUGGAUCGAGUAAUGGUGUCCAAAGAUUCGUUAACAUUGGGGAAUUGGUCAGUCACAGCUUUAGACAGGUACACUUCCGACCACCGCCCUCUAUGCCUUACAAUUUCAAAAGAAGACUGGGGGCCAAAACCGUACAAAAUUUUCAACUACCUGUUGGAGGAGCAAAGCUUUGUGGAGGUUAUUAAGGAAGCCCUUAACAACUAUUUCCACCAGCUACUUACAGAGACAAACACAGCUAAGAUCUUCAAACUGGCGGACAAAAUGCUCCCAGAAUUAAAAGCAAUGGAGAGGGAGCACCUGGUUAAAGAUUUCACACACCAUGAGAUUCAUGAGGCACUUCUGGCUACACACCCUUCCAAUCUCCGGGACCUGAUGGGAUUAAUGCGGCAGUUCUGA